CCAGCCUUGAACCCGGAAGGUACACUUAUCGCCAGGCCGUCCCAGUAGCAAAUACAUGUAUAACGAUACCGACAUAAAGAGACGCCAAAAUACGAGGACACACUUCAUGGCAGACGGAGUCAGCUGACCAGCAUAAGUGACCUUUGACUCUACAGUUUGCAGACGUUGGUACCAUGGCGACACGCGCUUGAUGACCCUUCGACAGUGCAGACGGCCUUGCGGUUGAGGAUAUUUCCGAGAAACAGAAGCUCUGUUCACGAGAAGCAGCCGGCCUGCUGAUGGGGAAAUGCCAUGUCGAGUCUUGCCGCCUGCACGCGCGCAUUCUCCAAACUGACUUCCUGCGCCAUCAUCGUCUGUCUUUUCGCGCGUCGCUUAUGGAAUCGGGAAAGUCGAUGAUGGCGAUGCGGUAUUUCCUCGCCACGAAGGGUUGACUUCAUGACAGCAUGAGUGACACAUCAUCUGCUACUUUUAUUAGACAGUCGUCACCAACGGGGAAACACUUUUCUGAUCAGUGCGAGACUUCUGCUGGGGCGACCUGGCGUGUGCCAGCUGUCGUCUGCUCGUGAACACAGACGUAUGGAUUUCUCUUCUCCAUGACAAGCUGUUGACACUGGAAUGUCUUUAAAGCAGGAUAUGCUAACCCUGUAGCUUUCAUAGCCUUGACUUGCUAACGUGAAAACCCAAGGUUCUGUGCACUAAGAGAGGAAACAAAAUUGAAAAUUGACUGAAAGUGUCUUGGGCAUUGGAUGACAGCAUCUCUUGUGAUACCGACAUCGGACAGUUGAGAUGUAAUCUAUCUUGUGUAUCUCAUAACUGGUGUAUCUCAGUCAUAUCCAGCGACAAAGUGGAUAGCAAAUGCAACACCCUCACCGCGCGCAUGGGCAUGCAAACAGAUGGAGGAAAGACGAGGUCGAGGUCGCAGCCAAAAUCAAGAAAGACCUCGAGGUCGUGAUCGAGGUUACUACAGAGAAGAAAGACGAGGUCGAAGUCACUGCGGAGAUCAAGGACGAUGUCGAGGUCGUAACCGAGAUUACGAACUAGGUCGAGGUCAAGGCCAAGAUCGAGGUCGAGGUCGAGAGCAACAACGAUGUCGAGGUUAUAACCGAGAUAACGGACUAGGUCGAAAUCAAGGCCAAGAUCAAGAACGAGGUCGAGGUCACGAUCGAGAGCAAGGUCAAGGUCACUGCGGCGAUCAAGGACGAGGUGGAGGUCGCGGCCUAGGUCAUGAACGAUCACUAGUACUCUGGCAGAGAAACGUAGAAGGUCCUUCAGGUCUUGGAAAGGGAUAUUGCGGAGAAGGGUUUCAUCAGCAUGAAAUCAAUGCGAAAAAAGCGCUGCAGGAACUGGAGAAAACACUCGGCACCGAGGGUAAAGACCUCCAGACUGCGUUCAACGACUGGUGCGCCCAGCAUGCCGACCAGCAGUUCCCCGGUCUGAGAUACAAGGCGUACGCCAUCCCACCCUUCUUCUUCAAGUGCUACCCGGUGAAGAUGACGCCGUGUGGGUGCUCAGAGCUCAAGCCCUGCCCGGGAAACUUCUUCAUGAUCACCGCCCAGGAGAGCGACCAGAAGGGAGACAACGCACAGCGCAAAGUUGGGCGAGCAUUCAGGCUUCUGAAUGAAGACCUGGAGAGAAAAGGGGAGACAACUCUGUUCAUCAUGACCGGGGUGGUCCGUGACAACAUCUUGGCCUGGGUCAAGCGUCCAGAAAACAGCUCGGAGAUGAAGAAACUGUUUCCGAUAGUUCCUGCCGAACGACCGGAAGGUGCUCCAGUCUUCGAGGAGAAACAAAAGAGAAUGGAAACUGAUCUAAUGGUGGUGCAUCAAAAGGGAGUGACAUUUGUACAGGUCAAAGGUUGUGGAGCCAACACGGAGAGCCAGGACGGAGCAGUGAUCAAGCGCGAGGUGGCGGCCGCCGUCGGUCAGCUGGCCAAGGACGAGGCGAUGUUCAGGCACUUGAUGGAGGGCUCGAACUUCCGCGACAAGUGUCAGGUCCAGAAAGUUGUAGCUAUACCAGCACUCACCUGCCAACAACUAACAGGCUUCGAGGUCAAGUCAGAGCAGGACGUCGUGUUUUUGUGUCAAGACCAUCUCUUCCUUGAUGACAUAGAGAAGUCAGAGUCGGAGACAGACUUAACACACUUCAGACAGUGGUGGUCACAACUAAUAGAACAGGCUGCCGAGGUCCCUCCCAAAUGCAGUGGAGAGAUAAUUGGCAAGUAUGCAGGUCUGCUAUCCACACCUGUUUCUCAGAAGGAUGGCGGCUUUCAUCACCUGGUCCGCUCUCUGAAGGACGCCAUUAGGCUAACAGCACGAGCAUACCGACGUCAGAUGUUGACAAAUAAGGAUAAAGAGUGGGUGCAUACGGAGAGGAAAGGGAAGUUGGUGUGUCUGUCCGGCCAUGAGAUGUGCGGAGUACGACAGCUGCUGCUGUACAAAGCCAGACAUUUCACACACACGCACCAGUCCAGCUGUGUGGUGGUUGUGUACCAGUCAGAUACGAGAGUCUUCACAGCUCUUAAGCAUGCUUUGAAGGACAAGGUGAUGGGUUUUACUGUGCAGUCUCGCGACUACAUCGAGAAUAUCAGGAGUAGUGCCAGUGGCAAGAAGCUGCUGUUCAUUGUGGGUGAGGUCUGUGCUGGUGACUCUUUGAUGACUGUUCUUCGGACCUUACACAGAGAGUUCAAUGACUUCAGUGUGUGGUUUAUGGCGGAGCCAGAGCAGUUGCCCAGAGACUUGAAGACGAGUCCCGAGUUUUGCGAACAUCGUCUGGACGUCGUGCUGUGCUGCCCACCUGCCGUGCAGCACUUGCUGCACCACGUGCGAGGUGGCGACGGCGUCAGCCAACCCCAGUACACCAGGGACACACGCCACAUGGAGGCUCCCACCAACGGCCCGAUUCCACUGUGCAUCAGGCAUGGGCAACAUGGCGGCAGAAUCGUUGAUUGCGCGCAGUGCGGCCGUCAGAUGGCGCAGUUUUUCAAGGAAAACGUGCGAGGUUGUGACCGCACCUACGCGGAGAUGGUAAAGGUUCCGAAAGGUCAAGGGACCUCUCUCUCGUCCAGCCUGAGCCUCUCGGUGGCCAUCGUUGUCCACUGUCGUGGAGAAGAGCAGCAAGCAAGGGCGGGUCAGUGUCGGAAACAAUGUGAGAUGAAACCAGAGGAAACGAAGCUGUUGCAAGAAAUAAAGAAAAUGGCUCCGGGCGGCUUGCAAAUUGUCUGCACUAGCAGCUUGUCGGAGUGUGCAUUAGAUGUCGCCAUCUUUGUUCCCCAUGAAGUUGCAGAGACUCAACCAGAAGCCAGCACAGAGAACAGUUCCUUGCCCCCAAUCUCCUCUCUGUACUGGACACGCAAUGACCUGGCGAGGUACAGUGAGCGGGACAGGUCUGCUAUCAGACAGGUGGGCUUCCGGUGUCGCUCGCAGCUGAUUCUCAUAGUACCUUGACAAACGGGCUUUUGUCCAGGCUUUGUGAGAGCUAUUCUGACAUCAUUUGUCGUUUGAAGUAUCGUUAAAACUAUAAAAGAUGUUAAAAAUUUUUUAAAGGCUUAUUCGUAACCAAAACAAUUUGUGAUAAAAUGUCAGUUUGUACCAUUUACAUACUUCUUUUUGUGAUAUUGUUACCAUGGAACCUACCUAUUGCUCAGCUGUUGUCACAUUUUUGUCAGGUCUUGUAUAUAUUGUGAAUGAAAUGGGACUGAAUGUUUGGUUCAGUCGUUCAUCAUUCGAUGGUGGAUAUCAAAUGUGAUUGACAACCAGAGGACGAUGGUGCAGUCGUGCAUUAUGUGAUGGCGAUUGAAAUAACUGUGAUUGUAGAAUGUCAAGGAGAUAACUGUGAUUAUCUAAAGUGAUUGACAGCCAGAGGACGAUGGCAGGUUUUGUGAUAUGAUCAGGACGUUGAAUUCGAAUGAUAAGGGAGAGAACUGCGUGGAGAUAGCUUAGUGCCCUUUUCCUACUAUAUUUUUGUCGUGCAAUUGACAAAAAGAAAUUCACUAUUAUUUUUGAGAUUUUCUCUCUUGCUCAAUUUACAAAUUGAAUCGAUGUAUUUUUUUAAUCUGACGAAAACUAAAUUUUAAUUAUUUAUUUUCUAGAAGGUUUUAUCAUCAUUCAGUUCUGAAAACCUGUCUUGAAAGUUAAGAAAUGCAUCAUCUUUGUUUUCUUGUCUGUUUGUUUCUCUUUAAUUUUUUUUCGUCUGUCUGUGUUUGCAAAAGUUCAGUUGGAAAGGAUGACUUUGACAAACAUAACUAUUAAAGGAAACAACAAUUAGAUGUCAGCGGCUCUCGACCUCACCUGCUUUUAACAUGGUGACGAGAGUUCAGAGCACAGAGAUUGUGUGCUGACUGUGGUUAUAAAUAAUAAUAAUGAUGACGACGAUGAUGAUAAUGAUGCAAUAAUUGGAUACUACUCAACUACUGAAAGAUGUCGACUAUGCAAUAUCUGGGUUUACCUGUGAUGUUGGAUACUUAUCAAAACCACAGAUCGUGUCUGUUACAUAAUCCAGUGUUGCGCAGAGUAUGUUUUAAUAGACAUAUUUUAAGCCAGGGCUUCUGCUAAGGCUAAAUUCUUUGGGGUCCCAGGGACCACUUCCUCAGAUUUUUAAGGGGUCCCUGUUCUUCACCCAACUUUGGAGGGGACCCCAUUGACGAAAAUUGAAGGGGUCCUCCGAACUUUUAAUGCGUACUGUACGCAAUUUUUUGCGUAAGCAGAAGCCCUGUAAGCUUUUUAAAAGUCAACGACAGUUUCUUAUCUUAAUGACUGGUUUUACAAAAUAAGAAAGAAUUUUUAUGCACAAUGUUGUUUUUCUUUAUUUUUGACAACAUUCGGAAUAUUUUAUUUAUUUGAGCACAACAAUACUUAUAAGUUCAAAAGAAACUCAUUACUUUGCAGGUGUUGUUGCGAACAUUUCAAAAGAAUGUUUGAAACUAUGCCACGAAGCUGUAUUAUGAUCCGCCAAUAUUGAAGCCUGAAAUGAGAUACCUUUCACAUCAAAGGUAUAAAUUUCGUUCUGCUUGACAAACAAGUGGCUUUCCUACAUUACCGUGCAGUAUUUUGGUGAUGGAGGUUACGAUUCCUGACAUUCGCUUUACAGAACUAGGUUACUCUAUGAAUUUAAGUCGAGGCCACUGCUGUGUUUACAAAAUUGUUGUCCUCGGAAGCGAAUAGUGAAUUUUGCCUUCUGACUGAGGCCUUGAACUAUUUUCUGAUAAAGCUCAUCUUUAUUGGUGUAAAUGCAAUGAAUAUGUGCAACGUGUAAAUCCAUGUGUGUAUGAAGAUGUGUGUGAGUUUGUUUAAUAAAGUAUUUGUGUAAAAGUGGUUGAUUGAAGUGCCUUGGAAUGGAGAGCAUAAUACGGUCUACAAUAAAGUCGAA